GAGUUUGACAUUAAUGAUAACCUAAAAAAAAGUUGAGUUCUGUUACGUGAUUAUUGUUGAAAAUAAAUACCUAUCUCAUUAGAAACUAAUAGCAAUAAAUUAUUUAAAAGUUCCUGCAUAAAAUUGCAAAUGACCACAAUGAAUAUCGCAUGUAAAUUGACUGUGCUGCCGUAUCAAAGUAUUCGAAAAACUUUUAUUAGAAAACUGAGAAUAUCAGCAUUUAACUACGAUUCUGCGGGAUCUACCCAACCGAAAGUACAAGAAGAGAAGUUCGACUUUGAAGAUCUGAAAACAAUAGAACGCGUGGAGCGCAGAAACGCUAAAAUAGAACCAUUCAUGAAAAAUGUAUUCGUAUCGAAAUACAACCGCGACAUGCUCGCGUAUCCGGAAAUUCUAAACAAAGAAGAGAACACACAACUUGAAAAUAGAUUAUCCGUGUUAGAAAAAGUGUUUUCCGAUCCAAAAAGUUCCGUAGAUGACAGAAAAACUGCUAUGCGAAAUGCUAAUAUUUACGCCGCAACGGUCGGCUUGACUAACGGCGGUUUGGCGGCAAAUCAUACAGAACUGUUACGAUAUUUAGAACUCAUAGGAACAGAUCUUCAAUUGGGACAGCAAAUUAGUGACCAUUGGGUGGGUUUAAAUGUAUUAAAAAAGGGUUUAAACCCGGAUGAUUAUAUGAAUAUUGUUGACGACUUGAAAUCAGGGGAUGAUACCAUAACGUUAUGUAUUAAGGAGAGAAUAUCUGAGAGACUGGCUCAACCAGACUUCCGGUCAACUGCUGAAUUGGAUGAUAAUGGUAUUUGGAGGCUAAACGGAGAAAAGGUCUGCAUCAACCCCUCAGGAUAUCUGCUGCCCCUCUGCAUAGUCGAGAACAACAGGAUAAUGGCGUUCCUGGUUCACCCUGAGGCUGAGGGAGUCAUAUUCAAGGAUAACUAUGUGCUUUUUAAUAAUGUUCCUGCAACACCACUUCAAAAGGCAACAGACGAAUUACUCAGCAAAGUGCUUGGCGCGAAUCGCUUGCACACGGCCACACUGUGCAGAAUAAGCCUAUCGCAAGCGAUGAAAUCCUGUCUAGAUUAUGUGAGACCUAGAUUUUUGAAUGGCAAACCCCUCUCCGAGCUGACCACAAUAAGAUCGGUGAUCGGAGAUACCCUCAUCCACACAUAUGCCUCCGAGAGUGUAGAGUACUUCAUAGCUGGUCUCCUGGACGGUUAUUUGGAGCCUGAUGCUGAAGUGGAAAUGGCUAUGAGCAGGAACUUCAUGGCGAAUCACGCGCAGAGUCUACUGCUGAAACUCUUAGCCAUACCGGGCGUCGAGAAGCAGAAGGAGUGCCUCCACCUGCUGGAGAACAUGAGAUCUCUCUCAUUCAGGGGGGAGUCUGUGGACGAAGUCAACUUUUUCAUAGCGCUUCAAGGCUUGCACUACGCUGGUAAUUUCAUGUCGACUGAAAUCAAGAAGAUGAGGAAUCCAUUCCUGAAUCCAAGUUUCGUUUUUAAGAAAGUACUCGCGAACAAAUCUCAGGAAUCAGACAAUCCGAAACUCGACUUGCACCUGGCGGAACAUCUACAUCCGACACUGAAGCCCGCUUCGGAUAACUUGGAAUACUGUGUCAAGAGGAUGAGGUUCGUCUGCGAGACGAUGCUCGCGAGACACGGUCUGGACGUGGCCACCGCUUAUACUGAAUUAACUAGACUGGCGGAAGCAGCCACAGAGAUUUUAGCUAUGACGUCAGUGCUUGGUAGAGCUUCUAGAUCGUAUUGCAUAGGCGUCAGGAACGCAGAGAACGAGAUGAAGAUAGCGGCGAGUUUCGUGGAAGCGAGCAAAGACAGGACGAAGCGGUUGUUAAACGACAUCGUGGACGGGGAGUACCUGAAUCUAGACCACUUUAGGGUCCAAUUCGGCAAGAAAUUACUAGAUAGCACCGAUCACAUCGUGGAAAGACCGACCGCUAGAGUGUUUUGGUAGAAAGUGGUAAUAAUUAGUAGAAAAGAUGCUGAAAUUGGUAGUGCGGAAUUGGUGCGUUUGUAAAUGUCGUAUUCCGAAUUAAUAUUUCGGUUGAAAGUGUAUUUUGACGUAUUAUUUUUCAGGUAAUUUUGUUAGAAAAAAAACUUCUAUAGCUUAAAAUGGUUUUCUUAUAAUAAGUCUCCUUGUUGAAUAUUGCCAUAAUUAUUAAGGUACACUUUCUUAAAAAUACUUUUCCUUUUUAACACGCUUUUCGUCUGUAUGUUUGUAUGUUAACGACGUAUUUAGACUGGAUUUUGAUCGAAUUUGAAAAUAGAUAUUUAAUUCAUACUUUGUACACUUAUCAAGGAUCGGUGAGACUACAAUAAUAUCAUGAGUUUUUCUUAUUAUCCUGAUUGGGAUCGUUGGGAUUAAAUAAAUUUUCUUACGUAUGCUCUGUAUAAGAACAAGUGAGUUUUCUUGAUUGUUUUAUUAAAGCGUGUUUUUUAACUAUGUUUAUUUCUAGCUAGCGGUCCGUCCCGGCUUCGCCCGUGGUGCAUAUAUAUAGCCUAGCCUUCCUCAAUUAAUCUAACACUGAAAAC